CACAGCUUGCAACAACAUGAUGGACCUCUUUGAGACCAACACUUAUUUUUUCAACGAUUUGCGUUAUCUUGAAGGGGACCAUGGGACCUUGGAUAUGCCAGGAGUGUCCCCGCUCUAUGAGGGGACUGAAAGCCCUCUUUCCCCGGGACAGGAUGCAGUCCCGUCCGAAACAGGGUGCGAGAGCAGCGGGGAGGAACAUGUCUUUGCGCCGCCGGGGCUUCAGCCUCACUGCGAGGGCCAGUGUCUCAUCUGGGCUUGCAAAAUCUGCAAAAGAAAGUCGGCACCGACUGACAGGCGAAAAGCUGCCACUCUGAGAGAGAGAAGGCGGCUCAAAAAGAUCAACGAGGCGUUUGACGCGUUAAAGAAGAAGACCGUGCCCAAUCCAAACCAAAGGCUACCCAAAGUGGAGAUUUUACGCAGCGCGAUCAACUACAUAGAGAAACUACAGGACUUGUUGCAUACGCUGGAUGAGCAAGAUCAGAGCUCUGACAGUGACCCUUACACUUAUAACACCAAAGACAACCAUGUGGCUACGAGUGAGAAUCACUGGAAAAAGACCUGCCAAAGCUGGCAAGGGAAUCUAGAUCAUUCCAGCCCCCAGAUGGCUAGUAACAGAGAAGGAGUCGCAGUAGAGACUUCGGCGUCCUGCAGCCUUCGUCGCCUCUCCUCGAUUGUUGACAGUAUUUCCAGUGAAGAGACGAAAGCACGCUGUCCCGACCACAUCUUAGAAAAGUGAAGCUCAAGUAUCCAUCUCACAUUUCCGACUUUUUAUUUAUUUAUUUCCAUGAGCUAGUGUGAAUGUUUUAAAUGUAGUAGGUCACAUUUUUACAACAUUAAUUAUUCAUGAAUAAGCAUUAAUUAUAUAAUACUAUAAUAUAAUUAUAAUUGAUUUGUUAUCAUAUAAUAUAUAACAACAGAUCAAUAGUUAAUGUACAUUGAAAUACAAAUACAGUAUAUAGCUUUAAAUUAAAGUUUCAAAACAUUUCUAACCAUUUGAAUGUACAUUAAUGUGAUUCUCACGAAACCUGUCAAGAAAAUAUCCUGGUCAUAUUUAACCCCAAAUCUAAUAAAAAGAAAUAAAUUAUAUUUUACAUUUAGAAAAUAAAACCUUCAUUUAGCACCAUUAAACAGAACACACACACAUUGAUUUUUAGAAGAAUAUUUCAGCUCUGUAAGUCCAUACAAUGCAAGUGAAUGGUGACCAGAACACUGUAGGUCAAAAAAGUACAUAAAGGCAGCAUUAAAGUAAUCCAUAUUACUCCAGUGGUUAAAUCCAUGUCUUCAGAAGCGAUGUGAUAGGUGUGGGUGAAAAACAGAUCAAUAUUUAAGUCCAUGAAGAAUGCAAAUCGGCAAAAACAAAAGAAGAAGAAUGUGAAAGUGAAAGUGGAGAUUUAUAGUUAUAAAAAAAAAAAGGACUUAAAUAUUGAUCUGUUUCUCACUCACACCUAUCAUAUCGCUUCUGAAGACAUGGAUUUGACCACUGGAGUCGUAUGGAUUACUUUUAUCCUGCAUUUAUGUGCUUUUGGAGCUUCAAAAUGUUGGUACCCAUUCACUUGCAUUGAAUGGACCUACAGAGCUGAAAUAUUUUACUAAAAAUCUUCAUUUGUGUUCAGCAGAAGAAAGAAAGUCAUCCACAUCUGGGAUGGGAUGAGGGUGAGUAAAUGAUGAGAGAAUUUACAUUUUUGGGUGUACUAUCCCUUUAAGAUUUUUUUCCAUUGUAACAUUAUUUUCAGGACAUUAAAGCUCAUUACCGUAACACAUCUGGACAUUUUAUUUAUCACCAUUCCCAUUGUUUUCCAAGAUUAUUCUCAUUACCAUAACAUGGUCAUGUUUUUUUUUUAUUACAAUAAUUUCUUGAUUAAAAUCUGCGAAAUUGAAAAGCACUACAGAUGAAAUAGGCCUAUCAAUACUUUACAAUGUAAACAUUUCUCUUUUUUUCACAUUGCAGUAAUGAGAACUGGGCAAUGGGGUAAAAUGUGUGAAGCUGUCAGAAAAUAAUGUCGCACUGUAAAAAUCUCAAUUGCCACAAACAAAUAGGCUAAAUGUCAUUUCUUUUUUGUUUCUUGGUGUUUGAUUUUGGAGUAAAAUAGGACCAGGACAUUUUCUUAACAGGUUUAGUAAGAAUCACCUUUUUAACUUUAAGAAUGAGGUUUUUAAAUGUUAUUAAUGAAAGCUAUUAUGAAGUGUUACAAUGUAAUAUUCUGUAUUCUUUCAUAAUUUUGACCAUUCAGUUGCUGUACGUGAUUCCAGGUUAUUUUCAGGGUCAUCAUCACAGGCAGAAUGAUUCCUGUCCAUUUAUAUGGUCUUCCUAAAAAUGUACAUAUUUUGUAAUAUAUUGCUAUUACUUAAAUUCUUGUAUAAAUUAAAGAGAGAGAAAAAAAAAACUAAUUUUAAGAGCACUGCCAGGUAUCUUUCCAACAUUAAACAGUAAACUGUACAUAAAAUUAAAAAACAGUUCUCUGUA